AUGUCUUCACCACAAAACCCAGCGACUAUGGAAAAUCUCUCCGACGAUGUUUUCUCAUACAUAUUCAUCCGAUUACCGGCGAAACGCCUUGCUCAGGCGAGAUGCGUCUCUAAAUCUUGGAAUGCUCUAUUGUCUCGGUCCUCCGUCGUAACAUCCCACCUUCAUCGAUCUAUCCGUCACAACGAUGAAAUUUUAUUCGCUUUUUCAGACUUACUUCCUUUUGACCCUAAACCAUUCACAGCACACCCCUCUCAAUCUCCCCACCAAGAAGUGGAACUCACUAAUUUGAUCAAACUCCCGAUCGAUUUCCAUUUAAGACAUGCUUCUGGCACUCUCAUUGGAUCUGCUAACGGUUUAAUCUGCUUUCGAUACGAAGAUUCUCAUGCUCUUUGCAUCUGGAACCCUUCUCUCUCCGCAGUGUUAUCUCUUCCGCCAUAUUAUAUGCCCUCCAGUGCUUAUAAAACUUUCACUGCUCUGUUCCGGUUUGGGUUUGAUCCCAAAACUGACGAUUAUAAAGUUGUUAAGCUUGUAAGAUUCAUAUAUGGUAACGAUAAAUACUUCUGUAGAGAGUGGCAGCAAGUUGAGGUGUAUAGCAUGAGAAAGGGUUCAUGGGAGCCGAUCACCCAAAGGUUUCCAUCCGAUGUCGAACAUAUUUACGGUGAAGAUAAUGUUUGUGUUGAUGGUCACGAUGGCCAUCUUCAUUGGCUUGGUUAUACUGAUGAGAUUAUAGAAUCGAUAGUAGCCUUUGAUUUGGGUGCAGAGACAUUUCGUGUGAUACCUCUUCCAGAUUCUAUACAAGAUGGCCACAGUGGACACAUCUCGAAUACUUUAGGAGUUUUGGGUGGAAAAGUUUGUGUGAUGUCAUGCGUUAUGGAUGAGGAAUGUGAGGUGUGGAUGAUGAAUGAGUAUGGGGUGGUUGAAUCAUGGGUGAAAAAUCAUGUGUUUUCGGGGUUUAGUGGCAAUAUAAUUCCAUUUGGAUUCACAUUACGCAACGAGUUUCUUUUUCAAGUUUCACAACAUGGUUUUGGUUUGUAUGAUCCUGUUGAAGCCAAGACUAAGAUCUUUAAAGUUCGUGGUAGACCAUAUACCACACGUAAAGUUGUUCAUUAUGUUGACAGUCUUGUUUGGCCAAGGGUGAGAUGA